AUGUUAAUUGAUUUUACCACCCCUAAUUGGCUAAUUAUUUAUUUCCAUUGCAUUGGAUCGUUAUCCAUGUUUUUGAAUUUGGGAACAACCUAUUUGAUACUUUUUAAAAGUGAUAAGAUCGACAACUUUCGAUAUUUCUUGCUACUUUUUCAGAUUCUCUGUACUCAUACAGAUCUUUAUCUCACCUUUCUUAUCAUUCCUAUGCCACUAUCACCUUUGAUUGCUGGACAUUGUAACGGAAUUUUAGCCUCCUAUUUCAAAAUUUGGUCCCAUUAUUUAAUUGCAUUAAUCAUAACUGCGCUAAUCAGUCAAAUGGAAUGUCUAGUCUACUGUUUCGUCAGAAAACAUCAGAUUAUUUCCAAACUAGUUUCUCGUCAUGUUUUGUCUGACGGUUGGUACGUUUUCGGUACAAUUUUGUCAUUUUCUGUACCCAUUAUCGUUGGAGUUGUGUUUAGUCAGGCUGGGAUGAGAAGAGAGGAUCAGAUGGAUUAUGUUCGGCAGAAUUACCCAAACUUUGUUCAAAGCCUCCUGCCCCUUGACAACUUCUCAAUCUACUCUACAAACCCAUUGCUCAUUUCUAUUAUCAUCGCAACUUCUGGCGGAGGUUGUUUGUGUGGAUUUCUAUUUAUCAUCAUCACAAUCGAAUGUUGA